AUGUCAAAAAUUGCAGAUCGAAUUAUUUACAUACCAGAAAAAGUAAAAAUUAAUUUAGAAAAGGGAAUAAUUUCCGCCGAAGGGCCAUUAGGUAAGAGUGAAGAGUUAAUCAUUCCUUCUGAUUUGGAAAUUAUUAAUCAAGAUAAUAAAUUAAACACUAAGUCAGUUAAUUCUGCUUUGGCUGGCACUUACAAUGCUUUAAUUUCUAACCUGAUAAAAGGGGUAGUGGAAGGCCACGAGAGCAUUAUUGAAGUAAAGGGAGUAAGCUAUAAAGUGUCCUCAAAAGAAGGAAAAUUCCAAUUUUCCUUAGGAAAAUCUCACCUUAAUUAUGUUACUAUUCCUGCCGAGUUAGAAGUAAAGGUAGAAGGGAAUAAAAUAACCAUUAGGGGAAAAGAUAAGCAGAAAGCUACUAGCUUUGCCGCUGCUAUUCGGAACCUUCGUCUUCCUAGCAUUUACAAGAAAGACAAAGCCAUUGACGAUACAGUAGGUAAUACUCUCACUUCUGCUUCUACCGAAGAUUUUGAUGAGAAAAAUAAUGAUUACUCUCGCAAGAAUAAGGUCUAUGCCAAAAGACUUGGAGAAUUGUUUGCUGAAAAAUUAAAGAAAGAAAAUAAAGAAAAAAUCAUUUUUGACCGCAAUGGUCGGCCUUAUCAUGGAAAAAUGGAGGAAGAAAAAGAAAGUAGUGUAGUAAAUGGCGAAAAAGAAAAGGCAGAAGCAAAAAAUAAUCUAACUUCGAUUUUGAUAAAAGACGAAGAAAAAAACGCUGUUGCUUUUGCUCACGCUGGUGGCAAGGAAGUUGUUAUUGCCUUUCGGAAGGCUUUACGACAAGGGCAAAGAAAAUUAAUAACUUAUUUUCCUACCCCUGUUCGCACUAUUCCCCGCGAUAUAAUAGUAAAAUAUAAAGCCACUAAACUUUUCCUGAAGCCUACUCCUCCAGGAAGCGGUAUCAAAGCUAGCGGAGCCCUUAGUAGAUUAUUCAAAUUUUUGGAAAUUAAAGAUAUAAGUGCCAAAAUAAUUGGCUCUCGACGAAAUAAACUCAAUAAAAAAAAAAUUGUUGGUCGGGGCAUUGGUUCCGGUCGAGGAAAAACGAGUGGGCGCGGUCAAAAGGGACAAGGUUCUCGAAAAAGUGGUAAUGUUCGUCCUGGCUUUGAAGGGGGACAAACCCCGGUGUAUCGUGCUUUUCCCAAACGAGGAGGAGGGUUUAAAGACAAAAAAAUCUCUUAUCAAGUAGUUAAUUUAGAAGAAUUAGAAAAAGAUGAAAAGAUAAAGGCGGGAGAAGUAGUAGAUUUGUCACAAAAAAAGUUUCUGGUUAAGAUAUUAGGAAGAGGCACUUUUACUAAAAAUUUAACCGUUAAGGCCGCCGCUUUUUCUCAAUCAGCCCAGGGAAAAAUUGCCCAGGCUGGCGGUAAUUUUCAAAUAGUAGAAAAAAAGAAAAAAUAA